AUGACUCGUUUGCGUAGGAAGUUCUGCGUGGCCAUCUUCCUCUUCGCUCUUUUCAUCUUCGGCACCAUGAUGGGUUUACGAACCCUCAAGCCCACUGAUGGAUUCUCGGAUCUGGCACCAGGGAUGGAGCUGGCACCCUUCAUGGGUGGGAAACUGGACCGGAGACCUGCGCCUAACCAUGCAGACGUAAGCGACACCAAGGUGGUCUUGUCCAAAGCUGGCCAUGAGCAUAGCAUUUUCUACGACGUUCACAUCUUCUACUAUUUGUGGUAUGGCGCACCACCUGUGGACUGGGGAUACAUCCAUUGGGACCAUGUCCUCGUUCCUCACUGGGACCCCAAAAUAGCGGCCAGUCACCCCAAAGGAAGGCACAAUCCACCAGAGGACAUCGCCUCAAGUUUCUACCCUGAGCUCGGACCCUACAGUUCGAAGGAUCCUAAUGUACUGGAGUCACACAUGGCACAAAUCGAAGCUGCUGCUGCAGGUGUAGUCGUUCUCUCCUGGUACCCGCCUGGUGUGCCAGAUGAACACGGAGAACCCACUGAGGAUCUGGUGCCUUCCGUAAUGGACGCUGCCCAUAGGCACAGUCUCAAGGUGGCGUUUCACAUCCAGCCUUACCGAGAGCGGACAGACCUCAGCGUGCAUGACAACAUCAAAUACAUCAUUGACAAGUAUGGAAAUCAUCAUGCUUUCUACAGAUUCAAAUCCAGCACAGGGCGAAUCCUCCCCUUGUUCUAUGUGUAUGACUCGUACCUGACCCCACCUGAAUCCUGGGCUGAGUUACUUACCAAGCGAGGCUCCCACACCCUGCGAGGAACCCCUUACGACGGGAUCUUCAUCGGUCUUGUCGUCGAAGAGCGUCACAAACAAGACAUCCUGACAGGCGGCUUCGACGGCAUGUACACCUACUUUGCGUCCAAUGGCUUUUCUUAUGGCUCAUCUCAUCAGAACUGGAAGACCAUCAAAGACUUCUGUGAUGGAAACAACCUACUUUUCAUGCCCAGUGCUGGGCCGGGUUACGUAGACACAGCUGUUCGGCCGUGGAACAACCACAACACACGGAACCGAGUCAACGGACGCUAUUACGAGACCUCGUUGCAGGCAGCGCUGUCAGUGAGGCCAGAUAUCAUUACCAUCACUUCGUUUAAUGAGUGGCACGAAGGCACGCAGAUCGAGAGAGCCGUACCGAAAAAGACUGCUACUCGUUUGUAUUUGGACUACAAACCCCAUGAGCCUGAUCUUUACCUGGAGCUCACCAAGAAGUGGGCCGAACAAUUUAGUAAGGAGAAAGAGCAGUGGCUAUUGUGA